AUGACGUCUCUCCCAGCUCCUAAUAGUGGCAGCGGUAGCGUUAGUGGUGCCAACGGCCAUAAACAUCGCCCAGUCGACAGUACCUCCAACAGCAAUGACCAUGGCUUGCAGCCGCCGCGUGGCCUGGGUCUGUUCGAGCCUCCCAUCUCGCCGGCUGUGACUACUGGGACAGCAUCGUCUGGAAACUUUACCGACAUCCAUAUGCGGCAGCUGAUCCGACCGAAAAGGUUUCGAGUGCUCUCGAACGCCUCAAGUAUCCUCAGCGAUAUAUUCAACCAUCCAGACGCCCAUGAAGACGAGCUAAAAACCAAGAUCAAGGACGCAAACGACCGCGACCGUGAAGCUCUCUUUAGGAUGAAUGAGUCUCUUCGGAGCACGCCGCCCCCUCCUCCUCCUCCUCCCGAGCCUUCGCCCACCCACAAAGACCAAGGCAAUGCUGACGAUAAGAAACAUCGCGGUGGGCUUUGGAGACUGUUCAAGAGGAAGUCCUCCAAAUCCACAAAGAAAAGGGUAAAGCCAGCUCCGCCCAAGAUUGUGGUACCGGAACGCCCAGCUGCAGGUAGAGCCACUACAACCACACAUAUUACGGAAGACGGCCAUCGACAAACUGUUAUUUCCAUCCCCGCCCAGCGCACGUUCAACCUAGCCCCAGUGCCCAGGUCGCCUGGCUUCGGUUUUUUGUCACCCAAAUCCCCCAUCACUGGGACUCCCAUCAGACCGCCUAGGCCCAGCAUUGGGCUAGAGACUCUCGUGGAACAACAAGAAACAAACGAGCGACAAAUCCCAAUCCUGGCCAACACACCUGUCAUACCUCCGAUCAACGACGGGGUGGGCAUAUCACCUCUGCUUCCCGCAGAGGGAUUCAACCGCUUUCAGCGGGUGUCAGGCUUUAUAGCCCCGCCGGCCGAGCCACUGCCUCCUCAAACCCAGAAAGCUUUGGUUGAUGUUGAUGAUGGCCCUGAUAGUUCAAGCUCGCCAAAGCUGACAUCUUGCCAAGACCAUACUCUGCCCAAGUUUUUCUCCCCGACUAGCUCUUUUCAUCUGAGUGUCUGCCUGUCGACGGCACAGUCUAGCCUCGAUCGUCGGUCUAAGAUGAGCUUCGGAUUCAAGCUACCUGACCACCCAGAUCGUACUGAAGAAUCUUUGGAUAGGGAAGUGGGCAGUGGUGAGAUCUUGGCAGAAGUUUCCGAGCCAUCGUCAUCCGAUAUCUCCCAUCACAGGCUGGACACCGCUACUGGGAGAGACAGUGUUGGAUCAGCGGAUGUAAGCUCAUUUUCGUGGGUGGCUACUCCUUCUGACAAACUCAGAGCGUUGCCGGACCACCAAGUGAGACAACAACCAAGUCUCUGGUCCAUCAAAAGCUUCACGAAGAGAAAGCCGCCAAAGCGAAAUGAUUCUCUCGAUGGUGAAAGUGUCAAGACGGACGAGGACCAGUCGGCAGCGUUCCACACUCCGCCUGAUCUGCCGGCAGAGGACUUGACCGAGCCUGAUGCAGAGGCGUUGAGCUCGGCGGUCGAAACGGUCGAGGCUGUACAGAUACCACCGUUACGCUUCUCCACGGUGAUGAUCGUAGCUGAUCUGAAGCCCUUGUCAUGCAGGAGCAGCAUUAGCUUGGGACCAUCGCAGCCAGAGGGAACAAAUCGACAAGAUGGCGAACUUGAACAGGCGUCAGAUAAUGUCGUGACAGAUUCUGUUCAGGCACCCAGUUCAGUCGUUGACUUAAAUACUCCACAGGCGACUCCUCUGCCAGCUCCUUCCACCAAUCUGAACAAGUCCCUCCAGCUAAGAAGGACCAGCCAAAUCAUCUGUCCACCGUUACGAUUUUCAUCCUCCUCCGACUAUCGCUUCAGUAGAACAGGCGUACCAUGUUCCGGCUCUCACAUCGAUCUCCUCCAGCAAUGCGAGGAGUUCCGUCACUCCAAGAAAAAAGAACUCGAUAUCCUCCGCAAGCGGCUUCGUCAGCUGGAAAACAGAAAUAGUUGGUUGCUGACCACCGUGACGAAGCAACUUCCUGGCGGGUACGAGUAUCAAGUCGACGACUAUGAUGCUAUGGGGGAGAGGGGCCGACACCACCAGCACGACAUGAUUACCACCAGCACAGCCUCGGCCAGCGAUCGCGUGUCAAUGACCUCUCAACACAUGUUUGGCAAUACCACAAUCGACGACAGUGUCACCGGCACCACCGGCUUCAGCAGCAGUAGCUUGACGACAGGAUCACGACUGACAUCGCCCGCACAGCACUUGCAACAUCCCCGCUCCAACGCGAGCCCUGCUACGACUAGCAAUUCCAGUAGCAGCACCAGCAACACCAGCACCAAUACCUCCUUAUCCGCUCAGCCAACGCUCACACCGAUACCAAGCCCGACACCGCAUUCGAAGCCGACACUUGUCACUCGCUCGAACAAUACCUCCAGCACGAUUACCAGUGGCGGCGGUCGGGCGUUCCCGUUGGUGACGAGUCACAAGGAUACAAGCACGGCUUGCAGUACAUACACAGCCAUAGCCAUAUCACAACCAACAAAACUCCCUCCUGCUCCUAUUCCCGCCGCUCGUCGCGCACGAAGUCUACCCCGCGAUCCUCGACUUGGUUCGUUUUCCUCCCGAUCCCGAUCCGCGGACAACAAGCACGACUACAAACACAAUCGUACUAAUGAUAGCCACGCUCACACCAGCGGUCCCGCCAACUCCUGUUCAAUAAGCAAUGGGAUCAUCGACGGUGACAAGAAAAAUACCUCAAACGGUGUCAACAAUGGCAGCGGCAGUGAAAGUGGCCGUAGCAGUGGCAGCAGAAGCACAAGCGCCUCCCGAGGCCCCGCCCCCUUCCCUCCAUCCUUGACCUACAACGGCCUUCUCCCCGACACCGCAGCGCGCAGACGAGAGAAGAGGGAAUACAGAAAGAAGCAAGAAGAGAUUAUGCGGCGGCUUGCCGAUACUCCUUUCCGUGGGGUUCAGCAGACGAUGACUCUACAUGCUUCGUCUUCCUCGUCCUCUUUAGGAGCGGUGGGAUAUGGAGGACACAAUGAAAACAGUAGACACCAUGGCCAUGAUGGCCGCGAUCCGUUGACGAGGCUACGGGACUUGAGGGAAAAUAUGGGAAUGGCGAUUAGUGGAAUUGGAAUUGGACUGGCGGUUACUAGUGAUGAGGAUGGGUAUAUUUAUGAUGGCCAUGGUGUUGCCUACCAGUACCACGAAGAUGAUGCCCUUGGAUAUGACAGUCAUGGAUCCGGGUAUGGUGCUUACGGAUACGAUAGCUACGGCGGCUACGAUGGGGAUGGUUAUGGGGUCUCUUCUGGUGAUUUGGGACAUGAGGCGGGCCGGGAAGAAGGGAAAGCGCAAGACAGAAGGGAAGCAAAAGCAGAGAGACAAUACACCCUCUUGAACUCCUCUAGCCUCUCCAGGCACCACUACCACCACCACCACUAUUACCACCGGAACCGAGACCAACGCAACAACUCCCCACCACCGUUUUCGCUGCCCUCGUGGCCAUCACUACCCUCGCUCCCCUCAUUACCCUCGUUAUCUGGCCCAAGUCGCUCUAGUUUGGAAACGGAAGAAUGGUUCCCUUCUCUUUAUCGAGCUCACGCUCAACAAUCAGAAAAGCAGUCCGAGGACACAUCCAGUGACUAUGAUGAACCCGCCAACAGCGACAGCACAACGAAUACGAAAAAAUCCGAACGAGCCAUCAGGAGAAAAACGACCAUUGUCGCGUCAAACAGUACCGAAGCGAACGGAAACAGAAACGGAUGGGACACCCUCGAGCCGCUGAUGCGUGAGUUGACUGGCAACGGCGGCGGAAACGAACCCAACGGAGCCAUUGGAACCGCGGUGAGUACAAGCAGCAUUGUUGAAGACGAGCAAAAGAUCAAUCGUAUCGUCCAUGAGGGCCAUGAGGGUCAUGAGGAGGCUAGACAGCUGGUCGACAACAACGACGAUAUCGGCUUUGGUCCGAUGGACGAGAAGGAUCUGGAGGAGGAGACGGAAACGAUGAGCAGGAUAAGGGCAUACCGUGCCAGUCUCUGUGCCGAGUUGCGAGCGUUGGAGGCUUCGGUCAAUAUUUUGCAUGAAACUAGGUAG